UGCAUUUUCGGACCGCCAUAGCCGGAGUAGGACCCAUUCUCGGACUCUGUGUCUCUCUCCGGUGCCGGUGCGGCUAUCUCAGAGAGAGAGACAGAAAGACGAUUCAAAUUAUCUCAACGACAAUAUAAUAGCAACAACAACAAUAAUAAUAAUCCCCCAAUGCCCCCACGCUUCAGAACUGUAAGGUUGGCAUGACAUAUGCAGUAAGUAUCCAUUGUGAAUACUAGUGGAACAAAGCUAUUCACAAUGGGUGCUUGUCUAUCCACACCGGCCAACCCGGUUAAGUUGAGGAGGAAGUACCAUCUCCAGUCCAGGAAAAAGCAUGGAAAGCUUAAUCCUGAUGGAAAACGGAGACGGGCUGGUAAUUCAGGAGCUCUUAUAACAGAUUUUGCUGUUAGUGAGUUUGUACAAACAACCACCACCCGGAGAAAAGCUGAGGUUUCCAAUUCAACACUCCAUGUCACCCAGUUGCAAUGGCACAGCAGUCAGCUUGAUGCUAAUGUAAUUUGUCAAGAGGAGGCGUGGUUUGACACACUUAGUAUUCUGGAGUCUGACCCAGAUGAUGACUUCAGCAGUGUGGUUGGAGCAGAGUCUUUCCCCCGUGUUUCAACCAGCCAAGUGCUACAGUAUGGAACUUCAUCAUGCUUUGUAGAUAACAGGUUAAUCCAGGAAUACCACGAAAAGUAUAUGAAAAUUGACGGUGGGGAACCAGAGAAGUUUAUGAGCAAAGAUGGGUUUAAGGACUCGAAUGGAUUUGCACUUUUAAGUGCCCAGGGGUAUGAACUUGCAUGCUUGGGAAAGCCUGAAGAAUUAUCGGCCAAGAAAAAGAAUUUACUGGACAAAUCUCAUGGAAGCGUUAACUGUGCAAAAGAAAACAAACACGACUUAGAAGAGAAAAAACAUCAGAAUCUUUUGAUGUCCAGCUUACCUAGGUUAGUUCCUUCUGUAAGCUUUAAUGACAGGACAGUUAGUGCAACAAGUCCAGCCCAACAAGCACAACGGAGGAAAUCAACAGUUAUUAGGCUUUCAUUGAAGAGGACGUCUGUUGAUGGAGAGGAAACCAAUGAAUAUAGUACUUCAAAGAGAUUCUUAUACCAUCCUAGGGCAGGUCACCUAAUUCCAUGUUGCCAGGAAGGGAAGCCAACUUCAGGAUGUUGGUCUGAGAUUGAACCAAUGAAUUUUAAGCUCCGUGGCGAAAAUUAUUUCAAAGAUAAGCGGAAAUGCUCUGCUCCAAAUUCCAGUCCAUACACUCCAAUUGGUGUUGAUAUGUUUGUGUGCCCAAGAAAGGUUAAUCACAUCGCACAGCACCUCGAGCUUCCUUCUGUUAAAGGAGAUGGGAAGCUCCCCUCACUCCUAAUUGUCAAUAUUCAGUUGCCAACUUAUCCUGCUUCAAUGUUUCUUGGUGAGGCUGAUGGGGAGGGCUUGAGCCUUGUUCUCUAUUUCAAACUUUCUGAUGGCUAUGAGAAAGACAUCUCUUCUCAUUUUCAAGAAAGCAUCAAGAGAUUGGUGGAGGACGAUAUGGAAAAGGUUAAAGGCUUUACCAAAGAAACUACAGUUUCUUUCAGAGAGAGGCUAAAAAUCUUGGUUGGAGUGGUUAAUCCAGAAGAACUUGUGUCAAGUUCUGCGGAAAAGAAGCUUUUAAAUGCUUACAAUGAAAAGCCAGUCCUGUCACGCCCCCAACACAGUUUCUAUCAGGGACCCAAUUACUUUGAGGUAGACCUCGACAUUCAUAGAUUCAGCUACAUUGCGAGGAAGGGACUUGAAGCAUUCCGAGAACGUUUAAAAGACGGAAUACUGGAUCUGGGUUUAACAAUCCAGGCGCAGAAACCAGAAGAACUGCCGGAGAGAAUGCUAUGCUGUGCGAGACUGAAAAAGAUCGAUUUUGUCAAUCACGGCCAAAUUCCCACUCUGGUAACCAACGACGAAUGAUUUUCGAAGAGGAUCCGACAAACAAAUUAAAGCUCUCCAAGACUACCUGCUGCUGCUGCUUGCUGUAUGGAUGAUGAAGAGAUUUUUUCUUUUUUGGGGAUUAUUAUUGUAUAUGUAUGGAAUGGAAUUCCAGCCUUGUCGUAGAAAUAUUAUUGGAAGGAGAAAUAAAAGGAGUUUGCUAUAGAGUAUGAAGAAAAGUUGGCUUCAUCUUCAUAAUGUGUGUAAAUGAUGUUAUAACAUCAAAAAUCCAUUACUACUACUGCUAUU